CACGCUAUUCUGUGGUCGCCAUCACCGGAAGUGGAAAACAUCACGGCAUGCGUAGGAGAUGACCUAUCAAUCGCAUGGUCCUUCACAAUGAGCCCGACUGAGACUGUCAUUGACAUCACGUGGUUUUUGGAGAAGAAUGGCGGCAACAGGACCCUCUUUGCUAGCCUCAUCAGCGGCGAGUUUUUGCCGUUGUCAAGGCAACACGUGCAGUUUGUGCCCAACGCCGGUUUCCGGCUACAGAACGUGACUGUAGGCGACACUGGGCUGUACUCAGUGCACGUCAGCACCUACGACGGCGCCGGUCACGUGACCACAAGUAAUCGCUCUGCUGUUGUGGAGGUGGCUGCUCCUCCGAAACUUGCUGGGGGUCAGUUCCUAGCUCGCCGUCACGUGAUGCCCGUCGUGGAUGACAUCACAGACACCUUGGAAUGUCAUCCUGGAGUGCGGACAGUUCACUGACCGGGGUCAGCCGCCGGUCAUCGUCGACUGGACGACACCAUCAGGACCUGUUUACACAGACUUCAACUACCAGGGCGGUUACUUUCUCCUCCCCCUGCAAUCCGUGGAGACAGGAAACUACACUUGCUCUCUCUCAGACCAGAGUACGGCAAAACGAUGUCUUGCCAGCGACUCGCCGUUACUAGGGGAGGCAACUGUCUACCUCCAUCAAAACGUAAAUUGGACGGCAAUGAAGGCAAUUCAAAGAGAGUUAAUCGAAAGAGAGGAUGCUCUGAGACGUGAAAACGAGGAGCUGAAGUCCAAGGUGCAGAAUCUCACACAGACAUUACAGCAGCUUGAGCAAGUCAUUAAUCCUCAAUAUUCCUCGUGUGUAGACAUACAGCAGCACAACAGCAUGAGUGGUGUUCACAAACUGUUCGAAGGGAAUGUUUCAGUGUCGGUCUACUGCGACCAGGACACAGAUGGAGGAGGGUGGACGGUGUUUCAGCGUCGGUAUGAUGGUUCUGUGGACUUUUUUCUGAAUUGGACAGAAUACACACGAGGCUUUGGGGAUCUGAAUGGAGAGUUCUGGCUGGGACUGGACAGCCUGCAUGUCCUGACGUCCUCGAGGCGCCACGAGCUGCGCGUGGAUCUUCAAGCAUUUGACGGGACCCGAGGGUUCGCUUCUUACAGUGGCUUCAUCAUUGGCAACAGCAGCACCAACUAUACGAUCGAUUUCGACGAUUUUCUGGGUGGAGAUGCAGGUGACUGUCUAACAUAUCACAAAGGUCGCGAGUUCUUCACACCUGAUCGGGACAAUGACUCCGGAUGUGCAAGUUACAGUCACGGGGCGUGGUGGCAUGGUAGUUGCUUCUACUCAAACCUCAAUGGCAUCUACAGACCCACUGCUACCACACCUCACGCGGACGGCAUCAUGUGGAUUUCUUUCUCAGGAUACGAUGAAUCGCUGAAACGGACGGAAAUGAAAAUUCGACCUAUGUAGAUUUUUCUUAAUCACGGUUUGUAAUUAAAACUUUCAUUAAAGAUGCGACCGUUUGGGUGCCGCGUUCUGCGAUAUCAA